AUGUCCGGCUACAGGUUGCACAUCGGUCUUGAUGAGGAGCAAACUGAACGACUCGUCAAGCAGUUACAGGAGUCAGCUCGAGUCGACUAUGAUCAGCGGCUUGUUCGUGCCUAUCGAAAAGCCUUAGAAGACACUAAGAUGUUUAAUUUGCGUCUGAUUGAACUCGUUGCGACAGCAGUUCACCAACUCGGGGCAAUCGUAUAUCAGAUGAACUUGCGGCUUCACGACGGCGACGUCGACAGUGUGGUUAACUGGAGCAUGCCUCCGGAUUUGUGGGGCAACGUGUGGGAGGUGCCCAAGCCGCCCCCAGCGCUUUUCAACCUCCCUCACUACGGGGCCCACGACAUCUACCCCGAGGGCGCCGCCGACAUGGUUGGCUACUGGACGGAAGACCGCAUUCUCGGCGGAGUCGUGAUGUUCAAAAGCCAAUACUACGGACGACGCCGUGAUGCCCAAUGCCUUUAUCCAUUCCUGUCGCGCAAAAAAUUGCCAUCUCUCGAGUCGUGUCCUCUCCCCAUACUCCCCAAUAAAGAGAACGUCGUCCGCAUUGAUGUACACGAGGCAACGCUGCAUCACCGCGUGUAUAGGGAUGUGUGGGAGCGCCGGCCCCUAUCACUACGGGAGAUUGAGUCCCUCCAGAGGAGGCCGAGAGCUGAAGUCGACUACCCGGAAAUGAGAGCUCGUUGA